AUGCUCUGUGCUUGUUGUCAGGCCAUUGACCUUCGAGGACGUGCAAAAGACAUUGGGAUGUGGAGUUUAGCUGAUCACUUGGAGUUACGUGACAACAAGCAUGACAGCUUCCGUUACACCAGGCUUUCUUACCAUUCAACACUUGAAGCUAUGUUUUCUGCUAUAUCACAAGGCUGUGAGUUCUGUGAGUUGCUCUGCCCCAUCUACGAUGAAGCCGCGCCACAUCUUCGGCGCGAACAUGCACAUUUUUACCCAAAUGGGUCCAGCGAAGCGAUGCAAAGCAUGCCAAUUCCCCUUGAUUCCAGGCCUAACCUGAGAAUCAUUAAAGAGGACCACUGCUCGAUAACCCCGGCGACAUUGAUCAAGCUAGAUCCAAAGUACAAGAAGGUCUUACGGAAGGCCAUCGAAGAAGGUUCUGAAAACCAAAGACUGAGACAAUCUUGCGCAUUAGGUCUUCAGCUCGGGUUAUCCACGCCCAAUGAUCCUUCAAGGGUCAUCAAUGUUGCUAUACUUGGAUUGCUUGCAGACAAGAAUGAUCCUUUAGUUCAACAGGGGUUAUUUGGUAGUCGCGAGGCUACGGUAGGAACAGAUUUUAGUCUUGCUAAGGCGUGGCUGCAGCGCUGUUCUCAAGACCAUAACUCAUUCGGUUGCAAAUCAGAUAACGUUCAGCGUCCUUUACCGACGCGAGUAAUUUUUGUGGGAGACAACGUCAAUGAGGUUGCAUUAUGCGAAACAAGUGGAGGACAUGGGAGGUUCGCAGCUCUUUCGCACUGUUGGGGAGAACAGGCCAAAUGGACAACUACUAAGCAACAUCCCAAACUCCCACCGUACGACGACUUUCCAGGCAAUUUUCAAGAUGCAAUUGUUUUGACUAGGAAGCUGGGUAUCCGAUAUCUGUGGAUUGAUGCGCUUUGCAUACUGCAGGAUUGUAUCGCAGAUUGGCAAAAGGAGUGUGCAGACAUGACGAAUAUCUACCGCAAUGCGGAAGUCACCAUAUCGGUACAGGAUAAUCCAAGCUCUUCCAAUACAGGCUUCCUGAAAACCCAUGCCACGUCUGCCUAUAAAUCGUUUGACUGGCACGGGCUCCGCGUUUCUCAGCAGGCUUCUGCAUCUCGGGACCCAUUUGGGUCAUUACGUCGUACAGUCAUAGAUAGUCGGGGUUGGAUCUUACAAGAGAGAUUACUCUCCCGUCGGAUAUUACACUUCUCGAAGAAAAUGAUGUCGUGGGAAUGUUCCCAGGCGGUAUACAAGGAUGAUUUCCAUUAUCCAAUGUCCGUACAUCCUAGACUACCAAAGCAUCAGCUCUUCGAGUUGGACACUUUGAGCAAAUUUUCCUUGUGCGAAUACUGGCAUUCAGUGGUAGAAGACUAUUCGACUCGAUCUCCUACCAUAUCUGGAGAUAAAUUUCCAGCGAUCUCCGGGCUCGCCGCGCUAUUUGCACAAGCUUUUAGAGCUCAAUAUAUCGCGGGCCUUUGGUGCAGACGCUUCGUACUCGGUUUAUGCUGGAGAGUGAUCGAACCUACAGCGUCGGAUGGUGAUGCAUCAGCAGAGGCAUGGGUCGCACCUUCUUGGUCAUGGGCUUUCCAAAGAAAUGUAUGUUGGGCGUAUUCAUAUGAUGUCGACAUGCUAGAGGACGCGCCUCAUCUCAAGUCGGUGCAUCGAGCUAUGAUGGUCAAGUCGUAUGAUAUAUCUAUAGCUGGCCACGAUCCGUUCGGUGCUUUAAAAUCAGCUUCAGUGCUCAUACUGGGCAAACUACAGUCUUGUUCUGUAGUGCAACUAACCCGUAGAGGACCAUCAGAGGGUAAGCCCAGGGGUUUCUACGUCGUUGAUCACGAUGGUUGUCCUCUCGGUACUGUGGACUUUGACGACCUAAGCGGCAAGACAACUAUGAGCACAAAGGGGCAGUCCGGAUUAAACCAAGCCGCUGGCUCUGAGUUGUGCUGCGUGGGAGUCUUCACUCUUCUAGUUUAUUCACUGUUGUAUAUCGUGAGGAACGGAGGAGGAACGGACCAUACACCUGUCACACAUGCCUUGUACUGCAGUCAAUCAAAUCUUCGGAGAACACAUUCCGCAGAAUUGGACUGGCAACGCUUAGUCGGCCAUCUUGGGCUGAGUAUGCGGAAUAUUUUGAUGGUAGUUAUUGGCGUCCCCCUCGCUUUCCGGACGACGUUGCAUCGGAGUCGGUCAACAGAAUACGAUGUUUUUUCGACAAUGUCCAACGAAGACAAGUCAUAUUGCUGUAGCUGGUAA